UUCCUCUGCCGCCUUCACUGUUUCCGGUUUCCUCCUCCCCGUCUCUCGGGCUCCAGGCUGGGGCGCUCGUCCCACACCGCUGGUUUAGCCGAACCUCGGUGUGUGUUCCGGUCAGGUCCUGGUGCAGCAGCGGACAGAAUGAGCUCCGUCCCGGUGUAGUCUGGUUCUUUCCUGCCGGAGCGGAGCGAGCACCUGUCGGCAUGAGGAGCCGAAGCAACUCCGGCGUGAAGCUGGACAACUAUGCCCGGAUCGUCCAGCAGACCAUCCUGCAGCACCAGGAUCCAGUAACGGGUCUCCUUCCGGGCAGCUCAGACCAGCCGGACGCGUGGGUGAGGGACAACGUCUACAGCAUCGUCUCAGUCUGGGCCCUCAGCCUGGCUUACAGGAAGAAUGCUGACCGGGACGAGGACAAGGCCAAGGCCUACGAGCUAGAGCAGAGUGUGGUGAAGCUCAUGAGAGGUGUCCUCCAGUGCAUUAUGAGACAGCUAGACAAGGUGGAGAAGUUCAAAUACAGCCGAAGUACUAAGGACUCGCUUCAUGCCAAGUACAACACGCGCACCUGUGCUACCGUGGUCGGGGACCACCAGUGGGGUCACCUGCAGGUGGACGCCACCUCGCUCUUCCUGCUCUUCCUCGCUCAGAUGACAGCAUCCGGCCUGCACAUCAUCUACACGCAGGAUGAGGUGGACGUCGUUCAGAACCUCAUGUUCUACAUCGAGGCAGCUUACAAAGUGGCUGAUUAUGGGAUGUGGGAGAGGGGGGACAAAACCAACCAGGGCAUCACGGAGAUCAAUGCUAGCUCCAUCGGCAUGGCCAAGGCGGCUCUGGAAGCCCUGGAUGAACUCAACCUGUUUGGAGCUAAAGGAGGACCUGGAUCUGUGGUCCAUGCUCUGGCUGAUGACAUCCAGCACUGCCAGUCCAUCCUCACAUCCAUGUUACCUAAAGCCUCCAUCUCUAAAGAGGUGGAUGCCGGAGUUUUGGCUAUUCUUACCUAUCCUGCCUUCGCCGUAGAGGACAUGAGCAUCGUCACCACCACCAAGGAAGAGAUCAUCUCCAAGCUGCAGGGUCGGUACGGCUGUUGCAGGUUUCUCAGAGAUGGACACAAAACUCCCAAAGAGGAUCCGAACCGUUUGUACUACGAGUCUGCAGAGCUGAAGCUGUUCGAGAACAUCGAGUGCGAGUGGCCCCUCUUCUGGACGUACCUCAUUCUGGACGGCAUAUUCAGCAACAGCCAUGAACAGGUGCAGGAGUACCAGGAGGCGCUGGAGGGGAUCCUCAUCAAGCAGAAGGAUGGCAUACGACUGUUUCCAGAGCUCUACAGCGUUCCUCCAGAUAAGGUGGAGGAGGAAUACAUGAACCCCCACACGGUAGAGAGGAUCCCGAUGGGCACAUGUCCCCUGAAAUGGGGCCAGUCCCUUUAUGUUCUGGGAAAACUCUUGUCUGAGGGGUUUCUUGCUGCCGGAGAGAUCGACCCUCUUAACCGACGUUUCUCCACCGUGCCCAAGCCAGAUGUGGUCGUUCAGGUGUCCAUUUUAGCUGAGACGGAUGAGAUUAAAGAGCUUUUGCUGAAGAACGGCAUCGAGGUGGAGAACAUCGCAGACAUCCACCCUCUUCACGUGCAGCCCUCCAGAGUCCUCAGCCAUAUCUACGCAAGGCUCGGACGUAACCCUCGUCUGGGCCUGACAGGACGCCCAUACAGGAGGAUCGGAGUUCUGGGAACCUCAAAGUUCUACAUCAUCAGAAACACCAUCUUCACAUUCACUCCUCAGUUCAUCGACCACCAGCAGUUCUACCUGGCCUUGGACAACAAGAUGAUCGUGGAGAUGUUGAGGACAGAAAUCGCCUACCUGUCGUCCAGGUGGAGGAUGACCGGACGGCCGACGGUCACCUUCCCCGUGUCUCAAUCGAUGCUGACUGAAGACCACUCCGAUCUGGACCCGGCCGUCCUGGCGACGCUGAAGAAGCUACAAGAUGGAUAUUUUGGAGGAGCGAGGAUCCAGACGGGAAAGCUGUCAGAGUUCCUCACCACCUCCUGCUGUGCUCACCUGAGCUUCCUGGAUGGUAAGCGCUUCGGCAGCAUGGGCUCCCACGCCGAAGAGAAUGAUGAUGAUGAUGAUGAUGCCGGCGAUGGAUAUGUGCAUGAGUUGCAUUGUGACGAUGAGGCAGACGACCUUGCUCAGUACCUGGAUCACCUCCUGGCUCACUCGGCUCCCAAGAAGCAGAAGCCCAGUGCUGAACGAGUGGGCCGAUUCAAAGCUGUCGCUACCAAAACCAAGGAGAUGGUCUCCUUAAUAAACAAGGCUCAGGAUCUGAACAUCCACAACAUCGGUAUGUACCUUCCCAACAAGCUGUUCCGAACUCGUCAUCUGUCGCUCAAUCUCAACCUUCCAGAGAGCGCUGUCCCUGAAGAAGCUCAGGGACCAGAGGUGUCCAUCACCGCAGAGAGCAGCAUCCCCAGAGACGCCAGCGGCGCCGUGGACUACAGCGCUUUAGUCCAGCUGCUGAAAGACACCAGGAACAUCCAGGACCAGGCCGACAUUCUCUACAUCCUCUUCAAAGACAAGGGGAUGGACUGGGACACAAACCUUCACGGGAGGGGCUCCACUGUCCGGUCUCUGCUCGGCGACCUCUACGAGAAGGCUGGCGACCUCAAACACUGGGGCCUGAUCCGGAUGAUCUCCGGGAUGCUGAAGAAGAAGGUGGAAGAGCUCGACUCGGCCUGCUCUGACCUGCUGGCUCACCAGAAGCACCUGACGGUCGGUCUGCCUCCAGAACCCAGAGAGAAGACCAUCACGGCUCCCAUCCCUCCGGACCAGCUGGCCGCUCUCAUUGACGAGGCCAGCGACGGCAACAUUAGCGUGGCCAUCCUCACACAGGAGAUCAUGGUGUUCCUGGCGAUGAGCAUCCGCACUCAGCCCAGUCUGUUCAGCGAGAUGUUCAGGCUCCGGAUCGGCCUCAUCAUUCAGGUCAUGGCCACAGAACUGGCUCAGUCUCUCAACUGCUCCGGUGACGAGGCCACAGAGAGCCUGAUAAGUCUGAGUCCCUCAGAGCUGAAGAACCUGCUCCACCACAUCCUCAGCGGGAAAGAGUUUGGCGUGGAGCGCAGCGUCAGAGAGGGAGACGACGGCGUCAGUCCGGCCAUCUCCAUCCACCACCUGGGAAACGUGGGCGCCACCAAGAGCGAGAGAGCGGGCAUCAGCAAGCUGAAGAGCGAUAUCAAGAUGCUUGAACACACGAUAUCUCUGAUGUCUGGCGUUCGAUCUCCAUCACUGGAUCUGGAAAAUCUGGAAUCUGGGAGGUACCGACUGCCGUCCAUAGAGUCUCUGGACGUUUCGGACACCAUUCCUACCAUUAAGGACACCAGACAUGGACAGUGGCUCCGCAGGAGGCGGCUGGACGGAGCGCUAAACCGAGUUCCUGUGGGCUUCUACCAGAAAGUGUGGAGGAUCCUGCAGAAGUGCCACGGUCUGUCCAUCGAGGGCUUUGUUCUUCCAUCAUCAACCACCAGAGAGAUGACCCCCGCAGAAAUCAAGUUCUCCGUUCACGUGGAGACCGUCCUGAACCGCGUCCCUCAGCCUGAGUACCGGCAGCUGCUGGUGGAGGCCAUCCUGGUCCUCACCAUGCUGGCCGACGUGGACAUCCCCAGCAUUGGCUCCAUCAUCCACGUGGAGAAGAUCGUCCACUUGGCUAACGACAUGUUCUAUAAGGAUCAGAAGGACCUGGGGGCCGAAGAGCACAUCCUAGAAAAGGAUCCGUCCACGGGGGUGUGCAGACUCCUGUACGACAGCGCCCCCAGCGGUCGCUUUGGAAGCAUGACCUACUUGACCAAGGCGGUGGCGGCGUACGUGCAGGACUUCCUGCCUAGCGGGGCGUGUGCCGUGCAGUGAGGAACCUGGAGAGACAGAGUUCUCAGUCGGCUCUGAAAGGAACGUGGAGCUGUCAGAAAUAUUGCACAUUACCGUUUUCUGCUUCUUUGUCUGAAGUCUUACAGAAGCAGAUCAUUUAAAGAUGAAAACUUCUUUUUAUAUUCGUCACUUCUUCACUAAUAGAAUCAUUAAAUGGUACAAAACUGCAGUUUAUUUCUCAGAUGACUGAUUGAUCAGCAGAGGUUUUUAAGGUUACCUGUAGUGAUGGUGGUCAGAUUUUCACCUGAAAAACCUCUUUUUUUCUUGAUGGAUUUUUUUUUUCAGUGUUUCAUAUUUGCAUGGAAGCUAAGCUGCUAUAAUGGACUUGAUAGAUUUAUUUUUGUUUUACUUUAGUGCCCCCUACAGGCUGAACUGUAAACAGGCCGUUCUGCAGAGAAUAAAGGGAAUGUUGGGGCAAA